AGAUGCAAUCCAGUCAGGGUGCAGCAAUGGCUCCCAAAUUUCUCCAGCUCUACGAUAGAUUACGACUUGAUGUUGGGAUCAAUAUCUGCAUUUUACUGUUCAAGGUUGAAAAAAGCUUCAACGUUCAUCUACUUUGAUUUUUUGUGUUUCUUGAUUCUUUCUAAAAUUUUUCAGUUUCCAUAGUUUUGAAUCUAAUGAUUUCUCUUCUCUAAGCAACGCACGAUAUUCUUCAUCAUCGCAUCACUUGGAAAAUUUAAGUUCAGAUCUCUUCUUCUUUUAAUUUCGAGUUUAGGACUAAUCUAAUCCGAUGCUUGAAUUUGAUAUCAGUAUAACCAUCAAGAGUUUCCUGAUGGUGUUGUGUCUCAUCGGUGCAUUGCUUGUGUCAAUUUUGGCUUUUCCAAGUUGUAUUCACAGUGAGAUUGCUACACUUGCGAAAACUUUAAAGUCUUAAUUUAUUGCAGGUUGGUGCUCUCGAAUUUGGAUGUUUCGGUUUUUGCAUGCCUUUUGAGUUUUUAAUCUCAAGCUCUUUAAAUCAUGUCAAUUUUGUUAAAGCUACGCCAUUUUUCUUUGCUGUUUUAUAGUUAUUUCAUUAAAGAAUUAGCAUGGAUUGGAAUUUAUUUUAUGUAUAAUAUAGUGCUUGUUGCUGUCUUGACUGCAUAAGUUGAGUUUUUGGGUUUUGAGAAAAUGAGUUUAGGAAGAUUAGAGUCUCCCUUGACAAUGCACACUAACUAUUCGAUCUUUUGUCUGGGAGGAGUUGUGCUGGUAAUCUAAUAGUGGUGCAAUAUAGUGGUUUUCUAGGAUGAACAGGUGGAUGUGAUGAAAAUUUCUUGUUACUGAUAUUGAAACUGAUAUGUUGCAAAAAGGAAUAGGCAGGGAUGGAUGCUAGUUGAAGUUUCAAUAGCAUGGCUAGGGAGGUAGGAAAAUGAACAAGUCAAGCAGAAGAUUAAAAGGGAGAAAACGUACAAGAUUGAUAAAGGCUACCUAAAUUGAUAAAGUUUAUGUUAAAUUUUAGAGAUUUUCAAUUGCUUACCAAACAUCUGAAAAUAUUUUCUAAAAUUUUUUUUCAAAUUGUUAGAAAUAUUAGAAAAUAAAAUUCUUUUCCAACUAUAUGUUAUUUUCCAUGGACCAAACAGACCCUUAGAAUCACUCAACUUAUACUUGAUGAUUGCCUGUCUUGUAGUACACCUGUUUUUGUGUUCUGUUGUACGAUCUACGUUGCUGUCUUGAUG